CAUUAAACGGUGGAGGGUUCUAAUUUUAGCCCUAGCUCUGCUCGAGACAUAUUGGCGGGAACUUCACCCUGGAACUGAGCCCUCGACUUUGCUUCUCACUCACGAAUUCGACUCCCAAACUCUCCCAAUUCUGCUUCAUCCAACGCGACAAUGGGGAAGGAUGAUGAGGAGAUGCGUGGAGAAAUGGAGGAGAGGUUGAUAAACGAGGAGUACAAGAUUUGGAAGAAGAAUACUCCGUUUCUUUACGAUUUGGUCAUCACUCAUGCCCUAGAGUGGCCUUCACUUACUGUCGAGUGGUUGCCGGACCGGGAGGAGCCUCCGGGGAAGGAUUACUCCGUUCAGAAGAUGAUUUUGGGGACUCAUACCUCCGAGAAUGAGCCGAAUUACCUCAUGCUCGCUCAGGUUCAGCUUCCGCUUGAGGAUUCUGAGAACGAUGCGCGACAUUACGAUGACGACCGUGCUGAUGCGGGUGGCUUUGGAUGUGCGAACGGAAAGGUACAAAUAAUCCAGCAAAUAAAUCACGAUGGUGAAGUCAAUAGAGCACGUUAUAUGCCUCAAAAUCCAUUUAUUAUUGCCACAAAGACUGUCAGCGCGGAAGUCUUUGUUUUCGACUAUAGUAAACACCCAUCCAAACCACCUCUUGAUGGUACGUGUAAUCCCGACUUGAGGUUGAGGGGUCACAAUACUGAAGGUUAUGGUUUAUCGUGGAGCAAGUUCAAGCAGGGCCAUUUACUUAGCGGCUCUGAUGAUGCACAGAUUUGUUUAUGGGACAUUAAUGCUACUCCGAAGAACAAAACCCUUGAAGCUAUGCAAAUUUUUAAGGUUCAUGAAGGUGUUGUGGAAGAUGUCGCAUGGCAUCUGAGGCAUGAAUACUUAUUUGGUUCAGUAGGCGACGACCAAUACCUACUAAUAUGGGAUCUUCGAACUCCUACUGUCAAUAAGCCUGUACAGUCCGUAGUUGCUCAUCAAAGUGAGGUCAAUUGCUUGGCAUUCAAUCCCUUUAAUGAGUGGGUAGUAGCCACAGGGUCAACUGAUAAGACGGUUAAGUUGUUCGAUCUACGUAAGAUCAGCUCUGCACUCCAUACAUUUGACUGUCACAAGGAGGAGGUUUUCCAGGUUGGCUGGAAUCCAAAGAAUGAAACAAUCUUAGCUUCUUGUUGUCUUGGUAGAAGACUCAUGGUUUGGGACCUUAGCAGGAUUGAUGAGGAGCAGACGCCCGAGGAUGCGGAAGAUGGCCCACCGGAGUUGCUGUUCAUUCACGGCGGUCAUACCAGUAAAAUAUCAGACUUCUCUUGGAAUCCCUGUGAGGACUGGGUGGUUGCUAGUGUAGCUGAAGAUAACAUACUCCAAAUCUGGCAGAUGGCUGAGAACAUCUACCAUGAUGAAGAUGAUUUGCCAGAGGAACCUCCAAAGGCCUCUUAGUGUUUUACUCUCUCUCUCUCUCUCUCUCUCUCUCUCUCUCUCUCUCUCUGUAUUUCAGUUAUUACAGACGAUUAAAAUCUAUCAAGGGACCAUUCAUUAUUAGGUCUUCCAAUUCUCAGUAGUCUUCUUCUU